GAUGUUACUAAGGAAAUGUUUCUUCUCUAACUUCCCCCUUUAUCUUUGCUGUGAUUCUAUUUAUCUUCUUGUUUACAUUGUAAUAGGAUGUGUUUGUUGAAAAUGUCUCCACUUGUUUGUGUUUAUUUAAUAUUUAUAGGGAUAUCUUUUGUACAAGCUGAAAAGAUGUACAGCACCAAUAACUCGUCAUCAUGGUUGAAAUCAACGAAGACCUGUGAUCUAGCCACACCGCCUUACGAAAAUUAUUUGGGUGAGCUGAAAGUAACUCUCACAGUUGAUAUAUCACAGGAGCAUUGGAUUGGAUACUUCAAAGCUUUCAUAGGAUUCGAAUACAUAGCUUGCAUACCAUUCGUAGAGUUAAGGGCGAAGAAAACGUUACCAUCAAUGGACCAGGGAAUAUGUUAUUCAGCCUGUGGGAAGAAGCCAAUAUUUGGCAUCAGAUCACAAACAUGUUAUUGCGAGGAUGAGAUAGGUUACGACAAAAGUUUACCAUACUCUUUUGUCGUUGAUUGCGUGUCAAUCUACAAAGUAAAUAAAGAUGUGGUUAAAAAUCACCCUGAAGGCGCCGACGAAUCAAAGUGUAUGACAUUCCAAACUCAGCGAGUAAAUAGAAAUCAGUUAUCUAAGUUGUACAAAUGGACCUCCUGCGGACAAUACUACUAUCGCUAUUGUGAAAAUGAAAAUAUUGGGCGACACAAUGAAAAAAUUCACGCAUGGAAGGAAAGCGCAGCAAUUUGUUUUAACAGAUCAAGCCAUUCACUUACAUACAAUGAGCUUCGGGCAACAAACUUGGAAUUUACUAGUCCGGUAUGGACAAGCAUCAUUUGCAGUGACGUCAUUCAUGAAUACAAAGAAUAUGAUUACCGUCUGCCAAAUUGUCGAUUUUGUUAUGUGAGUGGAACAAAAUCUGGUGUAGUUCUGAAAUUCACAUCUGACGACACUCAAUACAAAGCUUUAUGUAUAGAUGGUCAGAGAGAGACAACAAGUACAAGAUCAACUAUUACUUCAUCCAACUCUGUAUCAACAAGACAAAGUGAUGUCAAAGAAUUAUCAACAUCCAUAUCUCGUAUAUCAUCAGCAUCGGAAACUACAGCUCAGGUGGAAUUAAGUUCAACUAUAGGUUUAUUUUCAUCAGAGACUACGAGCAUUCAUGUUAAGGAAUCACAGAUGAGCCAAAGUAAAGUUACAUUUGAAAGCUCCUCUAUAAUCGUUCCUGUAGGUGUUUCGUCUAUUGCUGUCACUGUCGUUGUGCUAGUUGUGGUAUUCGUCGUAUUAAAGAGACGUGGCAAAAUUCCAACCACAUGUUUCAGAAAUGUUCAAUCUGAUUCUUCAGAUUAUGCCAUACCAGAAAUUCACCAAGUUGAUCAACAUGACUACGCUUCUUUAGGAUUAAAUCAGGGUCAAGUUAGUGGGAUAGAACUUCCAUCAACGACCUACACUGAUUAUAAUGCCAUUCAUGGAAAUAACGAGCAUACGUAUUCUGAAUUAGAAACACAUGCAGAGGCAUCCAACACCGAUGCUAACAUUGAAAGUCAUUAUUACAAUUACUAGCUAUGUAAAAGAGCAAAACAACAUACUUAUGGCACUUUGUAUAUGAAAGCUUUCAAUUAAGUAUUAUAUCAUAGGUUAUGUACGUUGUGGACGUAGUGAACAGGGAUAUAAAAUCUACAUGAGAUAAACUUGUUAAGGAUCAUGUCGACCUCCCAGUCCGUAUUUCCCUUAUGCAUGUUUUUGUUAGCUUUAAGACAAAGUCUGUUAACAAAAUGUUUUUACAAAGUCACAUUUUUAUUUUUCACAAAAUUUAUUCUUUAAGUUUUUGAAAUCGUAAAGAAUCUAUUUUAACCCAAUAUGUUUUCAUUUUUAAACUCUGGUAUCUUUUUCAAUGUUAACGUUGCCCAAAAGUCAUCACGUGUAUUUUGAUGUCUCACCAGACAGUCUUCAAAAUGUUUAAAAAGAUGUAUAACAUAGAAUACUUUAAUCUGCCAAACCUAGAAUGAACGCUUCUUGCAUGUUUAUUUCUCUUUAUCUUAGAUGUGGCUGCAUUUUCAUUGAGUUUCGUGACAGAAUAUUACAUGAUGCAUUUCUAUUGGCAUUGGUCUUGCUUUUGUUUGAAAUGCACGAUAGUGGAAAGUUAUAUUAUUCAUUAUCAGUGUUGUUAGCACAAAACCUCAACACUUAGUUUAAGAAAAUGAGCAAAUAUGUAACUAGUUAACCUCUUAAUUAACUAGUUAGUUAUCAGGUUAACUAGUUACGUAACUAGUUAAUUUUAAUUUUUUCAAUAAAUAAAAUAUCAUAACGGGAAAUAAAUGCAUGUUAGUGUCUGCAACUGCCAUUAAUUUAUUAUAUUUUCAGCUAAAUAUGAAGAGGUUAACUAGUUACGUAACUAGUAAACCUCUUAAUUUACUAGUUAAUUAAUAGAUGAACCAGUUACGUAAAUUCCUAACUAGUUAACCUCUUAAUUAACUAGUUUGUUAAGAGGUUAACUAGUUACGUUCAUACCUAACUAGUUAACCUAUUAAUUAACUAGUUAUUUAACCCAUUACUUCAUGAGCCUUUUGUGAAAAAUGGCUGUUUUCAUUGAAAAGUCUCCCGUUACAAGUUAUAACUGUUAUAAUACUAUAAAAACUGCUUUAACACUAAUCAAACUUGGCACAAAUGUUGAAUGGAUCAUUGUCCUUGAAACAACAUGCUCAGGCUUAAAUUUUCUUUUACCAUGGCAACGAGGAGACAUCUCAAAAUUGCCAAAAAUUACUAUUUUGCAUUGCUUUUUUCUAUCAAAAUUGAUUUCAAAGUGCUGCAACUUCUCAAUGGAUUGAGAUAGAGUCAAAUGCUUUUCAGCGUUGGUUACACGUUACCUUAUGAUCAAUCUGGGGUCAUUUAUAGCCUCUCACAAGUCCAAAAUUUUCUUGGCGAUGAGGGGGACUCCGCCCCCUUUCAAACCCCCAAACAGAAGGGGACACAUUCCUCUUCUGGCAACCCCCUGAUGUAUCUUUUGCUUGGGGGCCGCGCCGAAAAAAAUUGGUCACUUUUUUAAACAACAUUUCUCAAACAAAAACAAGUGUUGGGGACCUAAAUAAGGCAUUUUUUCACCAUUAGAGACAACAAAAGGGGGGGGGGAUGAAAAGGCGUUAAAAUGUGUGUAUAUCGCGUAAUGGGUUAAGAGGUUAGCUAGUUACGUAUUUUCACAACUAGUUAACCUCUUAACUAACUAGUAAAUUAAGAGGUUAACUAAUUACGUAACUAGUUAACCCGUUAUCACUUUUCUAUGAAUAGAUAUUGCAUAAUAUUUGGAAUACCCGUACUGUACCAUAAUCCUUCUUCCGCAUAUGCGCGGGGUAUGACUAAAAUACAAAAAUAGGGUUAUAUUUGCGAAAAUAGCAUUUUGACUAAGAUACGGAAAUAAGGUUAUUUUUGAUGAAAAUAAAAUUUUGAUACAAAUCUGAAAAUAUGGUAAGUUUUAAGGUAGAUAAUUUAAGGGUGUUUCUGGCUAAAAUAAGAUAAUUUUCGCGAAAAUAAUAUUUUGAGCAAAAUCUGAUAAAGGGUUAGUUAUGCCGAAACUAACAUUAUUAUUUUCCUUUAAGAAAUUCUGGUAUCGAUAGGCCCGGUAUCAAUGUCCCCAACAAUCAACCAUCGCUUUGGAUAUUAGUAUUUAUGCAUGCAUAUGUUUAUAAAUGUUCUCUUUCACCUAAUAGUAUAUGCUUUAUAUGCAAUGAAUGUGUUUGAAUUUUGAAUCUUUGACAAUGUUACACAAAUACAAUAGUUUAAUUGAACGACGAAUAGUAUGUUUAACAUGUAUUAAUAUGUUGACAGUCCCCUUAAUAUUUACAAUUUUAACAGAUUGUUAAUCUUGAAAACAGUACAUUAUUAUUUGAUAAUAACUGACUUUUGAUUUUUAAUGUGAUAUUUGAAUAAAAAUAAUUUAUUUGAAUUAACAUCCGGUCGAAACGGGGAGAUAUUAUAAUAUACCACAGUCUGAACGCAAAUGCCGUUGUUGCCUGAUGAACGUUGUAGAAACAUAUAUAUGAAGCAUAUAGAGAAUUAAGGGAAAAAUAUUCUAAACUGGCCAACACUUAAUAAGUUUGAAAAGUUAAUGUCAAACAAGUAUAAAGUCUGUACAAUUAAAUUUUUAUAUA